CUGGCCCCCAGCAUCUGUCGUCCGAGUAUAAGUAUCUCAUCCCCCCCCUCCGUCCUCUGUUUUGGCAUGCUCAACAGUCCUCUUUCUCUUUGCAUCUCUCCUCCAUCUCUCUCAUCGUACCAUCCUCCUUCUUUAUACUUCUUCUUCCAGUCCACCAUCGUGACACCUCCUUGUGUUGUUGCUGCCUCCAAGAGUUAUCCCAAUCAAACCUCUUCAUCAUGAUGGACCUCGCCGCUCCCGUCUUCGACACAGACGUUGGCCAUAAGGUCGAAUACAAGAUUCGUGACCUUGGAACACGCUCUGUCAUCCUCUUCCCUACCCAAGCACAGGUCAAGAGAGAGAUCAAGGAUGUGCCUCUCAAGCCUGGAGUCAACGAGAUAUCCAUUGUCGGGUUGAGCCCGACUAUUGACAAGAACUCGGUCACCGUUGAAGGUAGCGGCGCUGCUACCAUCGCGGGCAUCAGUGUUGAAUUUCUCCCCAACCGCGAACUUUUUGAUGAAGUUUAUCCAGACUCGGAUGAUGAUGACCCAGACAGUGAAGAUGAUGAACAAGAAGAUGAUGAGCCCCCGGAAGUACCGCAGCACAAGAAGUUGCUGGAAACCAAGAUGAAGCUCAUCGAACUCAAAGACGAGCAGCAGCGAGCCAGAGAAAUCAUUGGCAAUGCUGAUGAGCGUAUCAAGAUCCUUGAUAUCUACUCCAAGUCUCUUGACAAGAGAGAGGGUGUUAACAUCAGUGAGAUGCUUGACACUUAUAAGCAAGAGCACCAAAAAGCAUUCGAAGAACGUCUAGUCGGCGUGCAGAGGGAACGAGAACUCACGGAGGCCAUUAACAAGGUUACCAAGGAGCAAAUGCGCUUGAACAAGCUUGGAAAUAAGUUUCAGAAGAAGGAGGCCAAGAACAUGGCCAGAAUCCAGAAAGUCGCCCAGAAAAAACAGGAACAGCGCCAGAAACGUCAAGAGGAGAAGCGCAAGGAGAAGGAGCGUAUUCGCAACGAGCGCUCACGUUGCUGGCCUCAGUUCUGCUAUUCCAUACACAUACAGCUUGAGGUGAACUCAUUCUACACGCCGGCUUCGUCUCGCCGGGAAUCUGUAUCCAGCGAGGUUGAACUUGUUCAGCGACCCAGGAGCAAGACUAUAGACCUGGAAGAGACAUCCUCAUGUAAUCUUGUGCUGUCGUAUGUCACCAACUCGGCAUUCUGGACUCCCAGUUAUGACAUCCAGCUGUCAACUGUUGACUCCACGGGUACACUUUGCUUCGAUGCUGGUCUACACAACACCACAUCUGAGAUAUGGGAGAACUGUAAGAUCACAUUGUCCACUUCCCAGGCCACAUCUUCGAGCCUUGAUGAGUCAAUUCCCAUUCUCACGCCCUGGCGUAUCAAGCUGGGCAACAAGAAGUCCUCAUCCGGCGAGAGUGGUGCUUUUGAAAGUGUGGUGGAACUUCAGCAACAGGCCACCUGGCGUAACAAGAAACAAACACCACAACAGCCUCCUAACUUUAGGCGCGAAAUGUUUGGUCUUCCAGGCCAUGCUCUGAAUGACUAUCAGAUGCAGUUGAUGAUGUUGGAACAGCAGAACAAGAAGAGGCUGAUGAUGGCUAGACAGGAGCAGGACUCCAUGGGUCCGCCUCCUCCUGCUCCUGUUCCUGCGAUGAUGGCGCAGCAACAACCACAAUAUACAGGGUCGCAGAUGCGACCGCCUGAGUCGCACAUGAUGAUGCAGCAACAGAUGGCGCAGCAGCAACAGAUGCAACAGAUGCAGCAGCAGCAGCAGCAACAGCAACAACAGCAACAACAGCAGCAAUUCCCAGGAAUGGCGCAGAUGGACUUCUCCUCUAACAACGACUUUGAUGUCUUGCUGGAUGAAGAUACAACCAUGACGGAUGCCCAGCCAUCACUCGAGUUCCAGAAUUCUCUGGUUGAAGAAACAGGCUUCACCACAACCUUCGAUCUUCCCGGCCUCAAGACUCUCGUGCCCAAGUUCACCGUUUCAAAGCAACGUGUCGCUCGCCUGCAGUUUACGAAUGUUCUAUUCAGCCAUACUAUUGUUGCCAAGUAUCAGCCAGCGGCUUAUCUAAAGGCUAAACUCAAGAACAAUAGUAAACUUACCUUACUCCGCGGGCCUGCGAGCUUGACGCUUGACGGUAGCUUUAUGGGACAGACCAAGAUUCCUCGAUGUAGCUCCGGUGAGGUCUUCACGCUUAGUCUGGGUGUGGACUCGGCGAUUAGAGUCAUGUACCCUAAGCCUGAUGUUCGAAGAAGCACGAGCGGAGUGUUCAGCAAGGAAGACAGCUCUGUCUAUGUUCGCGCUGUCACAGUGCACAACACCCGCGUAACUGCUAAAAAGCCCAUCAGCCUUCUGGUCCUGGAUCAAAUCCCUGUUUCAGAGGAUGAUCGCCUUCGAGUUGAGUUAUUGAGCCCUCGAGGUUUGACUGUCGAAGGACCGCGUCAAGAGACUGGCGCUCCUGGACGUGAGAUUGCGGAGGAUAAAGACUGGGGUAAAGCGAUGGCAUCUCUCAAGAAGAGCGGACAAGUUUCCUGGGAGGUCUCGUUGAAUGCGGGCAAGGCGGUAAAAUUAGGACUCGAGUACUCGGUUUCGAUGCCAAGUGGCGAUGUUGCUAAGGAAUGUUGAUUUGCUUCGACAUAUCUGGAAGUUGGCAAUUGAUGGAUCUGUGGUAGUGGUAUAAUUUUGGGCCGCUAAGAUAUCAUCAAGGCCACGUUAUGCACCAUAUUCAGUUCGAUUAUUCUCGGUUGUUAUCUUCAGGGUUUUACAAUAUUUCCUCUCAUACUUGAUAAUGCUCAAUUAUUUCAGUCUUUUACUUAGAAGAAAUCGCUUUCUGUCAAGUU